GGAAUGGCUGUGGCCACAACUCCAAAGCAAGCCUGGCCCCCGUGGCCCCCCCUCUUUUUCCUGCUCCUCCUGCCUGGGGGGAGCAGCAGCGGCUGCCCUGCUGUGUGUGAUUGCACCUCUCAACCCCGGGCAGUGCUGUGCGGCCACCGGCGACUGGAGGCUGUACCAGGGGGACUCCCACUAGACACCGAGCUCCUGGACCUGAGUGGGAACCGUCUGUGGGGGCUUCAGCGGGGAAUGCUGUCCCGCCUGGGCCUGCUCCGGGAACUGGACCUCAGCUACAACCAGCUGUCCACCCUCGAGCCGGGGGCCUUCCAUGGCCUGCAGAGCCUGCUCACCCUGAGGCUGCAGGGCAAUCGGCUGCGAAUCAUGGGGCCCGGGGUCUUCUCGGGCCUGCCUGUCCUCACGCUCCUGGACCUUCGCCUCAACCAGAUUGUCCUCUUCCUUGAUGGAGCUUUCAGGGAGCUAGGCAGCCUCCAGCAGCUGGAGGUCGGGGACAACCACCUGGUGUUCGUGGCUCCGGGAGCCUUUGCAGGGCUGGCCGCGCUGAGCGCCCUCACGCUGGAGCGCUGUAACCUCAGCACCGUGCCUGGCCUGGCCCUGGCCCGCCUCCCAGCGCUGGUGGCCCUGAGGCUCCGAGAACUGGAUAUUGAGAGGCUGCCGGCGGGGGCGCUCUGGGGGCUGGGGCAGCUACGGGAGCUGGAGAUCCACCACUGGCCAUCCCUGGAGGCUCUGGAGCCCGGGAGCCUGGCUGGGCUCAACCUUAGCAGCCUGGCCGUCACCCGCUGCAACCUGAGCUCGGUGCCCUUCCAAGCGCUGCGCCACCUGAGCUUCCUCAGGGUGCUGGACCUGUCUCAGAACCCCAUCUCAGCCAUCCCAGCCCGGAGGCUCAGUCCCCUGGUGCGGCUCCAGGAGCUCCGGCUGUCGGGGGCGUGCCUCACCUCCAUCGCUGCCCACGCCUUCCAUGGCCUGACUGCCUUCCACCUCCUGGACGUGGCAGAUAAUGCCCUUCAAACCCUGGAGGAAGCAGCCUUCCCUUCUCCAGACAAACUGGUCACCCUGAGGCUGUCUGGCAACCCUCUGACCUGUGACUGCCGCCUCCUCUGGCUGCUCAGGCUCCGCCACCGCCUGGACUUUGGCACGUCCCCCCCUGCCUGCGCCGGCCCCCGGCAUGUCCAGGGGAAGAGCCUGAGGGAGUUUUCAGACAUCCUACCUCCGGGGCACUUCACCUGCCAACCAGCCCUGAUCCGAAAGUCCGGGCCACGAUGGGUCAUUGCAGAGGAGGGGGGGCACGCUGUUUUCUCUUGCUCUGGAGAUGGAGACCCAGCCCCCACCGUCUCCUGGAUGAGGCCUCAGGGGGCUUGGCUGGGAAGGGCCGGGAGAAUAAGGGUUCUGGAGGAUGGGACACUGGAGAUCCGCUCUGUGCAGCUACAGGAUAGAGGGGCUUAUGUCUGUGUGGUCAGCAAUGUCGCUGGGAAUGACUCCCUGAGGAGCUGGCUGGAAGUUAUCCAAGUUGAACCACCAAAUGGCACUCUCUCUGACCCCAACAGCACCAUGCCAGGGAUCCUACAGCCUUUCUUUCUGGAUAGCAGAGGUGUAGCUAUGGUGCUGGCAGUCGGCUUCCUCCCCUUCCUCACCUCAGUAACCCUCUGCUUUGGCCUCAUUGCCCUCUGGAGCAAGGGCAAAGGCCGGGUCAAACAUCAUGUGACCUUUGACUUUGUGCCACCUCGGACCUCUGGGGAUAAGAAUUCUGGUGGCAACCGGGUCACUGCCAAGCUCUUCUGACCUUUUCUUCCACACUGGGGACCCAUCCAAGCCAGCUUCAGAUACCAAAGGGGAAGAGAACCAAGGCUGCUUGGACCAGAACCUAGUCCUCAACAGCACAGAUCUCCCACACCUCCGCCUGCAUCAUGCCAGCAGCUAAUGCUGCCCCUCGAUAGAGUCUCCCUCCUCGUGCUUUCGCACUCAUCUCUUCCCUGAGGGUCCCAGGGAGCUGAGGGUGUAGGCCCUGUAGACAAUCCAGCCCUCCCCCCACCACACGCAAAGCAGGAAAUAUAACCCUCCAGUCUGCUAGCCUCAGUACCAGGCUUUCUUCACACACACUUACACACUUACAUAUACUCUUAAUAACCAAUACCAAUUGCCAACCACAAAUAAAAGAUUAUUUCAGAAGUGGGGCUGGAAAGUGCCACUCGCUUCUUGGAGUCUCUGCUCCUCAACCAGGUGGUCUC